CACAGACAUACAUGGCAUGGUCAAGGACCAAGACAGAGGCUCUGUGACUUCACAGGAUGGAGGAUGGAAAACAAAGGGCCACCAAAGUGUGGAAGUUCUGAGGAAGCAGAGGACACUGCUGGGCUGUGCAGAACCCUCAGCCCUGCUUGCUAAUGUGCCUGCCGUUGCCGGCUUCUCUGCUUGGCCCUGGAUGGCCGGGAGAGAGAAUCAGCAGGCAGAAGGGAAAGACAAAUGUCAAAUACAGCAUACGUAAGGAAAGGAACGGUGGCAAAAAGUGGAUCGACGUGGGUCAGGAUCAAAAUGACACAAUCAAAGGAGUGGACAAGAAGCGGAAACUCAGGGCUGUCAGAGAGUGGAGGAGGAGAAGACUCUGGUUCCAGAGGGUGAUGCCCAGGAGUGAGUGUCCCUCGGACAUGCCUGACCUUCAUAGGAGACCAUGCCUGCCAGCGGGCCUCAGCAUUGACACAGUGACUGUCACCCACAUGGAGCAUCAAUACAGGUUUGACUCAGAGGAUGGAAAUGGCCUCACCGUUACUUGGAGACUGAAGAUACUUCCUGGGCCCAAGGAGAAGAAUCAAAUGGCUGAUCACAUCAAUGGACCCUCAACAGAAAUUCACCUGCUCACUAGUUACCUGUAUUCUUCACUCACCUUUGGAGAGUCCCUGAGGCCCUAUUGGGUGUUACUAUUUGUGAUGUCCCAUCGAAGGAAGAAAGCCAAGAUAAAUGAGUCAUAUCAAAAACUUAAUGAAACAUUUGAACCAGGAAGGCCCCUUGGUGUUCUCGGUUACGUCUAUGGAUGCUGGAAAGUCUGUCAAAGAGAAAGGAGCCUGAGCACCUUCAGGAAGCUACAGAGUGAAUACCAUGAGUCACUGCCCUUGAAGGUGAGAGAGGUCCUGUCUCCUUUGGAGAGCAAAGAACUUGGGGUCUGGAGGACCGUGGCUUUCUGUGAGGAGGCAUCUGGGGUAGAAGAUGAAAAGAUGGCUUAUUGCUGGAAGGAGAAGAGACCAGUGCUCACGCACAACAUGGUCAGAUUUGGUCCCAGGACUCUGGUUGGAGCCAGUAAGGCGAAAGAUGAGUUUCUGGGAAUGGCUCUUGUCAGAAGGACAGCCCAAAAGAAGAAAGGAAACCAAGCUCCUCUGACCCACAACCUGGUCAGAUUUGGCUCAAGGACCCUCGUGGGAGCCAAGAGGGCAGCAGAUAUUUCUGACCAGGAGGAGGCAGCGGACGUUAUGUAUCAGAAAAAGGGAUUUUCAGCGUAUCAGCUGUAACAGAAGAAAGAAGUGGGCCUCUGCAGGCAUGUGAUGAAGAUUGCCCAAGACAGACUCCUAAGAGGAAAAGCAAGUUAAGGAACAGUAUGGUAUAGUAUGAUGCUUAAAUAAAGAAAAAAGACUGG